UUAAUGAAAAAACUUCAUGCUAGUUGACUCGUUUGGCUGUUCAAGGGAAGAAGCCAUCUGGAACGUUCUUCUAUUUACAGCCCAGACCCCAGCUUAUCUGAUAUCCAUCUACAAUGGACUACUUCACAUGGUGGCUAACCAUUGCUGUCUGUUUCUUUCUGUUCAACUGCUCAUACGCUGAUGAUACAUCGGAGAACAAAUACACCAAGAAGGCUGGGACAGGUCGCUGCAAAAACAGACCUCAAAAAUGUAGAUCAACAUUUGGUCAACAAAAAUGUGAAAAAAACGCCAAGUUUACCUGCCUGAAAGACAGAGUAGUGGUUGAAUCUCUGGAUAAUAAACUUGUUCUUUGUGACACUAAAACUGAUGGAGGUGGUUGGAUUAUUUUCCAGCGCAUUAUCAAUGGUGACGUGAACUUUACAAAAAACUGGGCAGAAUAUCGCGAUGGAUUCGGUUCUUUUAAUGGCGACUUUUGGCUUGGCAAUGAGAUGAUAAGUAAACUGACAGCUGCGGGUUAUACAGAUAUGAGGAUUGACAUGAUAUGGAAGGGAGAUCCCAAAUACAUGACAUACCAUAACUUCAGGGUGCAAAGUGAAGCAGAUCUCUAUCGAAUGUCCUACACAAACAACACCUUCGGAGGAAGUGUCAAUGAUGAUCACCUUAGAGAUAACAAUGGAGAGCCGUUCACAACUUUCGAUCAUGGGCCCAGCGUUGGUUGUAGAUAUCUAGGCUAUAAAGGUUGGUGGUGGCCUACCGUUGGUCACUGUGGGUUAGCAAACUUGAACGGAAAUCGGGGAAGUAAAGAAUUUGCUCGGGGUAUCUGGUGGCUUAAAUUCACUGAUGGUCAUGACUCCCUCGAUUCUUCUGAGAUGAAACUCCGAAAACCAAAUCCCUAGUCAUUAUCAUGGCUCCCGGUCAAUUAACCACCUAGACAUAUAUCACCCGCACUUUAACUCUCGCUACUUACCAUCUGGACAAGAAACCCCAUAUAUUGUUUUAAUUAAGGACAAAUAAAAUGUUAACGAGGGAACAACUUAGUAAAUGUUUGGUCUAUAUCUUAAUACUAUCUAAUUUCUAUCUAGAAGAAAACUAGCUUGAGCACUGACAGCAACUUCAAUAGAACGUUUCUUAAUGUAAAGCAGUAAAAGUCAAAGGCUACAACACUAUGCAAUAUAUUGUUUAACAUACGAAAAUAUGAUACGUUCGAUUUUGUUUAUGUAUUCAUUCAGAGCAUUUGGGUAAUUUGUGUGAGGUAACGUGUGGGGUAGUGUGUGGGGUAAUGUGUGGGGUUAUAAGCCGAGGUGGACAUUGAUCGAACAACCACUUUGUUGACUUGAGAUUUUUGCCACGUUUGUGACAUCAAUACAAUAAAGCUGAUCA